UGAAGAAUCGCCAUCAUGAUGAAGAUUUGAUGAAAUGAUCAAGCCUUUUCUUGUAUUUGUGCUUCAUAUAAUCACAUUUUGAAUUAUUUAAAAUAAUCGAAAUAAAAGCGAAAUGUCAUCAUCAUUAAACUCACCAUGUGCGGCAUGCAAACUUCAAAGGAGGAAAUGCACGCAAGAAUGCAUAUUUGCACCAUAUUUUCCUCCCGAUGAGCCCCAAAAAUUUGCGACUGUGCACAAGGUAUAUGGAGCCAGCAACAUUGCGAAGCUUUUGAGCGAGCUGAACGUAGGGGUUAGGGAGGAUGCCGUGAUUUCGUUAGCGUAUGAGGCGGAGGCGAGGCUGCAAGAUCCGGUGUAUGGUUGUGUGGGUCACAUUCAGCUUCUACAGCAACGGCUUAAGCAAAUUCAAACUCAUGUUAUAGCUGCUAAGAAAGAAUUGGCUACUUAUGUUGGGCCGUGUAUGAUGAUGCAUCACCAGUAUAAUAUGGGCCCAGUUAUGGGUAUACCUACUGGGAUUGUUACAGGCCCAUGCCCAUCUCAAGGGGGUGCUGUUGGGCCAGAAUUGUUUGAGGCCCAACUUCAAUUCAGUGAGGAAAGUCUUGGUGACGGGGGCGGGGGUGGGGGUGGGGGCUGUGGUGGAGGAGAUGGAAGAGAAAGAGAAGGUGAGGGGGGAGAUGGAGGAGGAGUAUUUAAUCAAGUGGGGUCCACUUCACCAUUGACUCUUGGGUUUAAUCAGAUUCAAGCAGAUCAACAACCACUACAUGAAUCAUUAGGACAACUUAAUUUGGUUUUAGAGCAAGGUUAUAGGAUAUGCUAUUUGGACACUAAAUGCCGUAUGCCUCUUCUUCUUCUGUUGUCGAUUAGUAGAUUCAGGGUCGACCCUAGGCAAGGGCAGGAAGGGCUUGUGCCUGAAGGCUAG